GCUGAUAGAAACGGCGUCGUAUGAGUUGGAUCCCGGGUUUGUGAACUGCUUCCGCCGGUGGCAGUUCUUGAGUGAUGAUACGUCGAGCUUUCUCCAUCACGAGAAAGCGGAAAAAAAUCUCUCCCGCCCUCUGCGAAUCAACGGACGGCUCAAACAAUUCGUCGCCUUCAGAAACAAACGCCAAGCUCGUUGACUGAUCUUCCAGCUGCUAUUCUGCAAGAUGAGCUUAUUGGUAAACCAAUGUGCGAAUCGUUGGAUUGGUGGCGAUGAGAAACUCUAUCGAGUGAAGCGAAGGGUCGCGCUGAGGGUGAGUGGUGGAGGUUCAUCCGGUGAUGAGUGUGCUCGCCGCCGCGACGUUGUGCCGAUGAUGAAGAAUGACAGUAUAAGUAGCUUUAGGGAGAAAGCCAUUGCGAGCUCCGUUGCAGUUGCAAAUUUGGUUGCUGUUGGAAAUGCAAAGGCUAUGUCCUCGGACAAAUUACUGGAAGAUGCUGCAUUCCUUUACACUCUAGCUGAUGGGAGCAUUGGGGACUGGUUGGGAGGAUUCCUGUACUCUGCUAAUCAACAGGCUAAUGAAGCUGUUCAGGGCCAAUUAUCAGCACUUAGCUUCACCAGUUUGGCUGUUAUAUUUGGGGCAGGACUUGUAACUAGCCUUUCUCCAUGUACAUUGAGUGUUCUACCUUUGACGCUUGGUUACAUUGGAGCAUUUGGCUCUGGCAAAAGCAGAACAGAGGUCAUUGGUGACUCGGUCGCAUUCUCCUUAGGAUUGGCAACUACGCUUGCUCUUUUAGGUGUAGCUGCCUCUGUCGCUGGAAAGGCGUAUGGGCAGAUAGGGCAAGGAUUACCCUUGGCAGCUUCUGGAUUGGCGAUAUUUAUGGGUCUCAAUCUGCUGGAGGUGAUCGAGUUGCAACUUCCUUCCUUUUUUGACAACUUCGACCCUCGUGCUGCUGCUGCUAAUUUUCCUUCAAGUGUGCAAGCAUAUUUAGCUGGGCUCACAUUUGCAUUGGCUGCAUCACCUUGCAGUACGCCUGUGCUGGCAACUUUGCUAGGAUAUGUAGCCACCUCUAAGGAUCCAAUAGUUGGGGGCAGCCUGCUUUUGACAUACACAACUGGUUAUGUUGCUCCACUUCUUCUUGCUGCUUCUUUUGCUGGAGCGUUGCAGAGUCUACUGUCGUUCCGGAAGUUCUCAGCAUGGAUCAACCCCACCAGCGGAGCGCUACUGUUAGGAGGGGGAGUGUACACUUUCUUGGAUAGACUCUUCCCUAUUUCAAUGUCGAUGUAGGAGUUGCCACAGGUCAGGAGCUUCAAGUAAACAAUCGGGGAUAGGGAAGUACAACAUAUAUUUCGAUUUACUUUCAGCUGUCUCCUGCCAUCUUGGUUCUGUGAAAAGCAGGAUGAAAUUGGUCAAAUAUAAUACAUCAAUGUCAUGUCCAUAUUCAGUCCUUUUGAUUGCAUUUUCCCUAAUUUUCUAUAUCACGAAUUAAUUGCAACGACAGAUACAUUUUCAAGAACUAAAGAUUAGUGGACCUCUUUGGUCCUUGAGUCCUUGACAUUUCCGAAGGAACCUGAUGACAGAACAGAACUGCUGGUAGACAGACCCCUGCCUACCGCCAGGCCUGCAGGUUUUGGGUGGAGUAUUUAAGUUCCAGUAGUCUGCACUCCAAAAUAAGGAGCAGCUGGAGGGGUUGAACCCUUUGCUGCCAAACCACGAGACUUUAGUUUGCACAGGUUGGACAUACCAUUCCUUGUGCUAAACGAAUUGGCAUGAAAUGGGGGUCGUUAUGAGGAUUUGAAACCAUGACCUUUUGAUUUUAGGCUCUGAUACCAUGUUAGCGAACUAACCACUUGGCCCCAAUAACUCGAGUUAUUGGGAAAGGGAUAGUUAAGCCUUUUAACCUCUUAUACGCCCCCUCAAACGAAAGCCGAUGCCGAAUUGUGGAUUUUUACGGUUUGCACAGGUUGAACCCUUGUGCUGCCAAACCACGAGGCUUUAGUUUGCACAGGUUGGACAUACCAUUCCUUGUGCUAAACGAAUUGGCAUAAAAUGAGGGUCGUUAUGAGGAUUCGAAACCAUGACCUUUCGGUUUUAGACUCUGAUACCAUGUUAAUAACUCUCGAGUUAUUGAGGCCAAGUGGUUAGUUCGCUAACAUGAAUGGCUUGCAGUAACUAGUAAUAAUUAUCCCAAACUCUUUGGAUUGUCGUCACUCAUAAUAUUGGAAUGCGUAGAGAAGGCAAGUAGGCAACGCCUAACAAGUAAACAACAAGAUAAGAUAAGGUGGCCAGGCAGCAGGCAAAAGUGUCGGUUGCAGAACGGAAUUCUCCUCCCAGGCGUGCUUUCUUUGUGCUCAGACAGAUGGUAACAUUUUCCAGUUAAGGGCAGAAACCCUACAGAAGGGAUUGCAGAGGUAUGACUUCCAGUUCAGGCACAUCCAUUUCAUUUAUUGCCCUGUUGAGUAAUGCAGUUAAAAGUUCAGAUUCUACGUAGAAGUGUUUUGAAACUUAGAAAUGGUAAAAGCGUAAGUUGUUAAGUUUUUAAUCGCGACUUUGACAACAAGGGGAAAACGUGAUUUUACAUAAGAACGUUUUGGUGAACCAAAAAUAUAAAUACCUAAAUUUUUAAGAUUUAAAGCGCGGUUUUAACGACAUUGUUGGAGUGAAGUAACAUCUCCAUAACCGAUGGUUUCUAUUAGUAUAAGCAUUGGUGAGGUGGUUGCUUGUAGUUGUAGAGGCAAAAAGGAUAAACAUGAAGCAGAAACCGACAUCUGGUGCACUGCACGAGAAUAUGUAACUUUUUAUGGGGUAAUUAAGUUAGGAGGGACAAGUACAAUUCCGUUUUGUUUGAGAAAAGACUCCCAAUUUAGGGGUUCUAUUUCCUUCGUGUCAAUGCACGAUUGAGUAAGCUGUUGCAUGAAGAAAAUGGGAAAUUAGUUGAUAAUGAGUUCACUGACGAAACAGAACACUCCAAGCUCCUCACGUACGUAAUAUUAUACUUAUUAGGUAUGGCGAGGUUGCCAUUUGAUCACGAGUGAGGGGGAGAUUGAACAACAUGUCACUUUUAUGUUAGUCGUAGCUAGGCUCUAUCGUAAUUAAACAGAACUAUAAUUUAGCUUGGUCCUGCUGUAGCUUUUGCAGAAACAGUUUAUGGCUGGAGUUUUUAGAUAAGUAUUUUUAAAAAAAUGCAGUUUAGCGUUUGGUUAUAAAACUAUUAGAAGUACAUUUUAAUAUGAUCGGUUGUGUAAUGACUAUAAAGAACUUAUAAUACA